GCGCGCGCGCGCUUUUACGCGGCCGAGCUCGUGCUCGCCAUCACGCAUUUGCACAACUUGCACAUCAUGUACCGCGAUCUCAAGCUGGAAAACAUCUUGAUGGACGCGGACGGGCACAUUGCGAUCACGGACUUUGGCUUGUCGAAGGAGGACGACGAGGGCUCGACCUUUGUGGGCACGCCCGAGUACCUCGCGCCGGAGCUCUUGAGCUCCCAGCGCACGGCCACGUCGUACGGCAAGUCGGUCGACUGGUGGAGCUACGGCGUCCUCGUCUACGAGAUGAUUCGCGGCCAAACGCCGUUCUACGACAAGAACCGCCGGACCAUGUUUCAAAACAUUUUGACGCGCGACCCGGACUUUUCGCCCGAGCUCUUUUCACCGAUCGCGACCCACUUUCUGCAAAGCCUCCUCGUCAAGGACCCGACGCGGCGUCUCGGCUGCGGCCACAACAGCGGGCCCAUGGACAUUAUGCAGCACGAGUGGUUCCGCGGCAUGGACUGGCAGGCGCUCUACGACCGGCGCCUCGAGCCGCCGUUCCGCCCGCACAUUGCGCAGACCCAAGACGCGCUGCGGUAUGUACCGCCGGGCUUUCUGCAGCAAGAGGUCGCUGACUCGCCGGUCGUCACGUCGAUGCUCGACAGCAACGCGCCGGGCCGCCACACGAUGCACUUUGAAGACUUUAGCUACAUGGGCAGCGACAUUAUGGGCUCGCGGCGGACAUCGCUCUUCCGCGAAAGCGACUUCCGCAUGGACUUGGACGACGACAUGUGAUUGCGCUGCUGGACUCGACACUGCCUGUAGUGAACGCCGUUAAGAUGAAUGCACGGCACGGUUCGGAAG